AUGACGAAAGCUGAGGAUCACGGCUAUCACCUCUGGGUGUACUUCGUCGACAGCUGCGAGCCUUCCUACGCAAGAUCCAGACUGUGUCGAUUCUUCUUCGAGAAGGUUUGCCAGGGUCACAGCACAGCUUCGCUUCUCUACUGCGCCGCCGGGGGCCUCGAGACAACGCAGAGAGAGGAGCUCGACCUGGAGCUCCCCGCAUCAGUUCCAGACUUGCAUUCCGGUGACUUGCAGAACCUGGUGGUUCCACCUUACAUGUUUGCGCCCCACGACUUCAGCAUGUACGAUGUGGUGGUGGCAGCAGAUGAGGCCACAGCGGAUUCAAUCCGUCAGCGCCUGCGCGAGACGGGAAAAUCAGAUCGGGAUGAGCUGUGCGUCUUGAGCGACUUCAUGGAUGCAUACGAUGUUCUGCUCGAGGCGGAACAGGAAAAUCCGGUGCUGGAGCCCGCGCCCGGCUUGGCAGCAGGUUUCCUUAGCCAGGAUGGGCUUGCGCAGCUUAUGCCUGGCCAGCCCCUUCGGGGCACGCCACCACCAAGGCCUGUCGGCCCGCCUCUGCCGGGCCUUCCCUCUGCCUGGCAGGAGCUCUGGUCUGUGGCCAACAGUAGCAUUGAUGAGCUUUCAGACACAG